AUGCCUGCUUUAUGCCAGGGUAUAAGUGGAGACGCGCGGGGCGCUGAGGAGACACUGGAGCUGCGGCGGGCGCACGAAGAAGAAAUCAAAGCCAUGGAGGCAGCAAUCGCAGACAUGCAAAAAUCCUGGGAAGAAAAACUCAAAGAAGCUCAGGCCAGGCUGCAGCAGGACAACGCCACGCCCGACUGGAGCAGCGUUCCCCACAUAACUUUGCUAACAGAAGACCCGCUGCUGUCUGGGUCUUUGUCUUUUAAACUACCAGCAGCACCAGAGAAGCUAACAGUAGGAAAGAAAGAAGGAGACAAGUGUCCCCUUGUGUGUCUCUCUGGCUCUGGCUUAUCGCAUAACCACUGCUACCUGCAGCUAGAGCAGCAGCAGCAGGAGGGGGAGACAGGAGAAGGAGACAGUGCAGCAGCUCUUUAUGUUUUAGAUGGAGCAGGAAAUACAUUUGUUAAUGGAAAAGAGACAGAAAAAGGAGAAAAAAUUAAACUACAUUCUGGCGAUAGAGUUGUGAUAGGCCAGAACUAUGUUUUCCUUGUUUUUAUCCCAUCAACAAAAACAGAAAAAGAAACAGAAACAGAAACAACAGAAGCAAAAGAAGGAGAAACAUAUAAAGCAAAAGGACAAACAAGAGAAGAACUCCUCUCUUACUUUACUUAUGAUGUAUGCAUGCAAGAGCUCGCAUGCAACCAGGGGACUGUCUCCGGCAUGGAGGAGACACAGCAGCAGAUGCAAAAGGAGACAAUGCAGCGAACGCAGUAUAAACAAAAACUACAAGAGGCCCAGCAAGCCCUACAGAAACAAAAAGAAGUAAAUAAAUAA